AUGGCAGACACCAAUUCCGAAGCCCAGCUAGAAACGAUUACUUGCUGGACAUUCAGCAAGUUAGCGCUAGAGCAGCAUGGAAGACAAAAGCACGGCAUCCAAAAACCCGUACCUGAAAAUUCGGAUGAAACAUCACCUGAUGACCCUGACGACUGGGAAUCAGACCAAGAUUCUUCGUCUUCCGAUGAGGGCGAAUUCGGCGAGGGCUUAUGCUGGCGGGAAUACGGUGAACCAGUUACAGGACGUCUCAGAUGUUGGGGCUCCUUAAUCGGCAGCCGCAAAAAGUUCAACAAGGGCUCUGACGUGGUAGCACAUCUGGAGGGCAGCGACUGCAAAACUACAUGGGGACGUGUCGAUAUAUCGUCGCUAUUCAACGUGGAUAUGGAGCCAAGGGGCCGCCGCCUCAGAUCGGGCAAUUUCUACAAAUGCCCCAGAUGUACUGGAUCAGGCCGGGGCAAGUAUACCAAGCUCAGUGAGCUUUUCAGGCAUGCUGAGAGCAAUGCUUGCGGUUUAAAGGUUCGCGACUGUCCUCUCUUUGAAGUAUUUGUUGCCCUAGGGGAGCAGUCUCAGGGUAUGUUUCAGCGAGAGAGGCCAGAAAUGUAUAACUACUGCCAAAAGAGGAUGAUGGACGAAUACUUCGUGGACGACAACGAGGAAUGGAACAACUACAGGAUGACUGGGGAUAUCAGCGAGAGUUAUCUUUCGCAAUUCGGGUAUUAA